AUGCCGCCAACAGGCGGCAUAAACCAAUUUCCCCACAUAAAUGGCCAGAGGCCUAAGGUGACGGGGAAAUUUGUAGUGAUCGAAAGUGCUGAAGCUGAUAGAUCCCUGGUAGAAACCUCCGCCUUCUUAAUUGAGAAGACGGUAGAAAGCUAUUGCGGUGAAGUUACUAGCAUAAAAAAAAACAAGAAACGGCAAAAUUUUCGUUCAAACAAAGUGGCAGCAUCUGCUGAAAAUCUGAAGAAAUUAGAAAAGCUAGGCGAACUUAAGGUCAGAGUGUUCGAGCAUAAAACACUGAAUACGUGCCGUGUCGUGGUACCCUGCUGGGAAGCGAUCAAUGACCCAGAGGAAGAAAUAGCCACCAAGCUUAAAUCGCAAGGGAUGAUUGGUGUCAAACGUAUAAUGAGAAAAACAAACGGCAAACUGGAGAAAACGAGCCUACUGGAACUAACUAUCGACAGCCCGAACGCACCAACGACCAUCAAAAUCGCAUAUAUAAACGUGCCAACGCGUCCAUACUAUCCGAGACCAAGGCGCUGCUUCAAGUGCUUGAAAUAUGGACACAUCGCAGCCGGCUGCCCCUCGGAACAACUAUGCUGGCGAUGCGGAGAAAAAUCACACGAUGAAGGAAAGUGCGACAGACCCGAAAAAUGCAUAAAUUGCAGAAGCGAGCAACAUGCGUCAACCAGUAACAAAUGUCCAGUAUGGCAGAACGAAACAGCGACCAUAAAAAUCCAAGUUGACAAUAAAAUAACGUUUGAGGAAGCACGGAAAAUGGCCAACGCAAACAGAGCAACUAACUACGCGGAUACCCUGAAAAAAGCCUUGAACAAAACUUUCAAGCGGAAUUAA